AUGAAGACAAAAGCACUCACCCCACCACCACCACCACCACCACCACCACCACCACCACCACCACCACCACCACCACCACCACCACCACCACCACGUCCCGUCGACCCAAGCACGACCCAGCAACCUGAUGGUUCGGUUCUCGCCUGCGCCAUGUCUGGCUCCUCCAGUGCUGUGGCUGUGAGGAAGGUGGUUCAGCGGCCUCAGCUGGAAGCCGGGCUAAACGGCGUGAAGGUUUCCCAAGCAGCCGCAGACUUAAAACAAUUCUGUCUGCAGAAUGCUCAGCCUGACCCCUUGCUGACCAGAGUGUCUUCAAGUACGAAUUUCUUCAGACCUCAGAAAGUUUGUUCCUUUUUGUAGUAAAACAUAUCUUUGGUAGGUUUUUUUUUUUUAAUUUAUUUAAUUUUAUUUUCCCUUUUGUUGCCCUUGUUGUUUUUAUUGUCGUUGUAGUUAUUACUGUUGUUAAUGUCGUCGUUGUUGGAUAGGACAGAGAGAAAUGAAGAGAGAUGAGGAAGACAGAGGGGGAGAGAAAGACAGACACCUGCAGACCAGCUUCACCGCUUGUGAAGGGACUCCCCUGCAGGUGGGAAGCUGGGGGCUCGAACCUUCAUCCUUACGCCAGUCAUUGAGCUUCAAGCCACGUGUGCUUAACCCACUGCGCUACCGCCCAACUCCCAGAAGGAAGGUUUUCUGAUCUACUUUUCAUGACCCAGUCAGUAUUCAAAAGAGGAGCUAAAUUUGAAGCUUCUAUAGCUUAAUAGCUUAUCCCGAUAACACGUGCCAUACUAUGUAAACUCCUCUCAGUUCUUAACAUCUACCUCUCUGGAUUUUCAUGGAUUUCUAUUUCACAAGGGUAAUUAUUUUAUAUAGACUGGUUACAGACACAAUAAAAUACUUAGUAUAGGAAAUCGGGUGGUAGUGCGCGGGUUACGCGCACGUGGCGCAAAGCUCAAGGACCGGCAUAAGGAUCCCAAUUCGAGCCUCCGGCUCUCCACCUGCAGGGGUGUCGCUUCACAGGUGGUGAAGCAGGUCUUCAGGUGUCUAUCUUUAUCUCCCCCUCUCUGUCUUCCCCUCCUCUCCUCUCCAUUUCUCUCUGUCCUAUCUAACUAUGACCUAAAUAACAACAACAAUAACUACAACAAUAAGACAACAAGGGGAACAAAAGGGAAAAUAAAUAAAUACAUUUAAAUUAAAAAAUACUUAGUAUAAAAAAAAAAACAACAGACAAUGGCAAGGCUUCAGCUUGAAUGCUAGGAUGUAUAUGAAAUAAAAAUAAAUAAAAGCAACCCAGGAGGGAGGCCAGUAGACAGGGAACUGGACAUUGGACCCAUGGGUAUAGGGUCCUGGGUUCAGCCACCUGUAUCGCGUGUGCCAGAGUGAUGCUCUGCUUCUCUCUCUCUCUCUCUCUCUCUCUCUCUCACACACAUUAAUAAAUCAAGCCUGGGGAGACAGCAUCAUGGUUCUGCAAAAGACUCAUGCCUGAGGCUCUGAGGUCUCAGAUUCAAUGUCAGCACCACCAUCAGCCAGAGCUGAUGAGCAAUGUUCUGGGGGUAGAAAGGAAAAAAAAAAACACCUUUUUGUUUACUUCU